AUGGCACUCGUUACACGAUUCUUCCUGCAGCACAAGCAGGCUAAAACCACUACAACAACUGACAUGUUUACCACAGACGGCAAGACAGAGGGGCAGCUUCAGCUCACACAUAUAUCGAGCUCGUGGAAAAGAUUGUUGCUCCCAAAGCAAGAUUCAAGCAAACGCUACUGGGUGCCAAACCUGUCGGGCAUCAUAAAAGCCGGGGAUGAGGGUUUGUUUUUCUCCGCGUUAUUUGCCAACCUCCAAGGUCAUCCUGGACAACUACCCCUCGAAAACCUGUACGAUGCAUUCGCAACCGAAUUGCGAUCCCGACCGAUCUCGGAGCGAUCGUCAUACACCGGAGACAUGACGAAAUUCCUUGGGCGAGCAAAGAAGCCUGCAGGGGGCCUUGGGCGGUCGAAAUCGAUGUCCAACGUCAAGCGAGGAGAGUCUAGCCCCAAGACUGCGAGGAAGAGCUUGGAUCUGUCGGUGGUUGAGAUGGGUUUGGCUAGAAGCCUAUCUGUGAAGAGGCCGGCAACUGCAUUAGUACCAAUGCGAAGUGGGCUGCGCGAUGACGAUGCCCAGAAAGCUACACAAAGGUCUUGGAUGAAGGAGGGCCAGACAGCAAAGUAUGAGGAUGGAAGGAUGAGUGUGAAGAUUACCUCUGGGGAGCUUGCAUCGCUAUCCAUAAUACUCGGAAGUCAACUGAGUACUGGAUCCGACACGGACGCCUUGCUUGAACCCAGUGCAUACGGCAUCUCGAUAGCUAUUACGCCAAUGACAGACGCCAAACACCAAGUCACACUCACACAACAGAGACGCAGCAGGUCGCAACGGCACGCCUCAGGCUCAAGCGUUUCAACGCUCUUUGCAAAGCACCUCGCAGCCGGCUCCCUCCCAUACUCGCAAGAUGAGAUUGGCGUGAACAGCAUCCUCAUCACCGACGAAGCUUUCGAGGCGCUACAGGCAGGCGCUUCUCUCUACACUCAUCCAUAUGUCGCACGAACAGCACAAUCGAAAUUCCUCGCAUCUCUCCCCAGUUCGCGCGAACCCAGAUUUCACAUCCUCGCCACGUCAACCGAAGUCCACACCUCAAACACACUAUUAGACGCCAUAGCAGCACUCCCAUUCUCUGGUGGCCUGGCGCCCCUCGCAUCAGCGCCACUGAUCAGAACAGUCCAGUUCAUCGCAUCCGCGGGCCUCCCCCACGCCCGCCUACUGCAGCGCUUAGAGCAACUCAUUGACAAAGUGCACCGCCACGCUCCGCACCUGAACAUCUUCGGCCCCCUCUACGAGCCCCAAAACGCCGGGCUCCUGUUCCGCGAGCGCGAGCGUCUUGGCAGAUUGGCCAGCGAUGCAGCGACGCCCGACUCCCUCGCCGACAAGACAGCGCGUGUGUCGCGGUACACCACGCUGCUCGAACGUCUCAUGGCCUUGGUCCCGGAUCUUAAAUCGCAGGAUGUCCUGGCAGCAGUGCAAGAAGCGGCCAAAGCCGAAAUACGAUCUGCAUACCAAGCUGCUGUUGCUAGUCACUCUUCGUCUGCUGCGCGCAGGAAGAGCAGCGUCGAGACUAUCACUUCUCCUGUAUCGGUGGUAUCUGAUACUCCCGAUAUACCUGCCAAGUCAGCAAAACGCCAAUCUACCUCUUCCUCGCGGCGUAGUCCUAGGAGGCAGUCGAAUCGCUCGAGCACCUUCUCUGAGGUUAUGGAGACAAGUGUGCUGUCGCCGCUUCCAGUAGAGGAGAGCGGCGGCGGCGGCAAAGAAAGGAGUCUGGCGAAACAGGUUGAGCAGGUGCUGAAGGCUGAGCUACCGUUGAGUGUGGAGAUGGUGGCUUUUGUGGCGAGGAUGGUGGUUGUGGCGUGGUGUGUUAGUGUGGAGACUGUGGCUUGGAGCGAUGGAGAAGCUGGGUUCAGGAUACCGGAUGUGGAAGCAAUGGGCAAGUUUGUCAUGGCAUGA